AUGGAGCAUGGCUCACCUUCAUUGCCGUCACUGUACUCGUUGGCACCGUCAGAUAUGUCCGGUAACGAGCCGUUAUGUCGGAUUUGUCACUGCUGCUGGCCGUCAGACGCCUCGGAUCCUCUGAUAUCGCCGUGUCGAUGCUCGGGAUCGUUGCAAUAUGUACAUGUUUCAUGUUUAAUGUAUCGUGAGAUCAAGCUGCCGGAUUGUUCGGAUCGUGACGUACGAUAUUAUACUUUAUUCGUCUGCGCGCUAGCAAUGAUGAUUCUCUCGGCUUUGGCUACAAUCGUGUGCUUUCAAUUGGAAAAAUCCUAUUCAACGCAUUCCAAUAAAACGUCAUCGUCACCUCUUCCCCCAUCAGAGAUCACACCGCCGGAACUUCCGGCUCCUACGGAUCUGUUACAUCGUGAAGAUAUUGAAAAUCUGCUCAGUACUGUAACUCUCAUUGCCGCUAUUCUGUUCUUCUUCAGCUUUUUCAUGGCUAUGUAUGCUCAUGUUAAGUCGGGUAUCAGUUUUUGUGGCUACAUCUCACUGUGUUGGAGUUCGAAUUUGGAGUGGACAAUCGAAGAAUAUAAACAAUCUCGAGAUUCUCAAUACCUUAGUAAACUCGAAGAAUUGCGACGGAAAUAA